UGCUAUAAAGAGGCAUUUUAGAAUAAAGAGAACUGGGUGGAAGCACAAAAAAGCAGAGUAAAGGCAAAAGGCAAGGAGUCAAGCACCACCUAAACUGCCCCGGCUUUCCACCAAAGGUCAUUCCUUUGAGUUCAGGAAUUCAGUUUCAGCCAGGAACAAACUUUUUCUGGGUGGAUGUUGGCUGCACUGAAAGGGAAUGACUUCAGCAGUAAAUCAUUUAUUGCAUGCCUUUUAUUUGCAAAAUACAACCCAUGACAUAAUUCCCUCAAUCAAGAAGUUUACAGUCUAGGGGGAACCAAAUAUUGAACCCAUUAUAUAACAAGCAGUUUCCUCAAAACCCAUGUGUAAGAAAAAUGAGCCGGUCUCCUGGAGUAUAUAACCAGCCAAUCCAAUCAAAGGGAAGCAGGGGCUUUUUCACCUGGAUUUGGAUGGAUUGGAAGUGAGUGUACUAGGAUGGGGGGGAGGGCAAUCUUCAGGAGGAAGCUGUGGAGACUGCAGGUUACUUUGGGAGUGACAGAAAGAGAAGGCAGGGGUGCCGAGUUGAGGAGGACGUUUUGUUUAGGGCCGUGCAGCUCUGACCUUGCCAGGCCCAUGGCGGAGCAGGAAUGGGAGGAACAGCUGCAGUCAGGAAGAUUAAAGACGGUAAAAUCGUACUGAUAUAAAUAUUCGCAUAAUCAGAAGAAUUAAUACCAGGGCUAAUUGUACAGUGGGGAGGAAAUGGGCAAGGUUAUCGACAGUGCGUACAACUGGAGAACGUUUGAUUUGGCAAGAAGUGGGAUCAAGCCUGAGAAUGGAGGGAAGGUCGGAGAGGUGUGAUGUUACACAACUUUGAGAAAGAGGGUUGCCCACCCCUGCCACAAUGGCCUCUGGGGUGGAAGUCCUGCGCUUCCAGCUGCCCGGCCACGAGGCCGCUACCCUGCGGAACAUGAACCAGCUCCGCGCAGAGGAGCGGUUUUGCGACGUGACCAUUGUGGCCGACAGCCUCAAGUUCCGUGGCCACAAGGUCAUCCUGGCCGCGUGUUCGCCUUUCCUGAGGGACCAGUUCCUGCUGAACCCCAGUUCCGAGCUGCAGGUCUCACUGAUGCACAGUGCGCGCAUCGUGGCGGACCUGCUCCUCUCCUGCUACACCGGUGCGCUGGAAUUCGCUGUCAGGGACAUCGUCAACUACCUGACGGCUGCCUCCUACCUGCAGAUGGAGCACGUGGUGGAGAAAUGCAGGAACGCCCUCAGCCAGUUCAUUGAGCCCAAAAUAGGCCUCAAAGAGGACGGGAUCAGUGAUGCCAGCCUUGUGAGCAGCGUCAGUGCCACCAAAUCCCUCCUCCCUCCAGCCAGGACCCCAAAGCCAGCCCCCAAGCCUCCACCCCCACCCCCUCUGCCCCCUCCACUCCUGAGGCCUGUGAAACUGGAGUUCCCCCUGGAUGAGGACCUGGAGCUGAAGGCCGAGGAAGAAGAUGAGGAUGAGGACGAGGACGUGUCUGACAUCUGCAUCGUCAAGGUGGAGUCGGCCCUGGAGGUGGCCCACCGGCUCAAACCUCCUGGAGGUCUGGGAGGAGGCCUGAGCAUCGGAGGCUCCGUGGGCGGCCACCUGGGAGAGCUGACCCAGAGCAGCGUGCCCCCCAGCACUGUGGCCCCACAGCAGGGUGUAGUGAAAGCCUGCUAUAGCCUCUCAGAGGACGCAGAGGGGGAGGGUUUGCUGUUGAUCCCUGGAGGCCGGGCCAGCGUGGGGGCCACCUCAGGCCUGGUGGAGGCAGCAGCGGUGGCCAUGGCUGCCCGGGGGGCGGGGGGCAGCCUGGGGGCAGGGGGCAGCCGGGGACCCCUGCCUGGGGGCUUUUCCAGUGGAAACCCCCUAAAAAACAUCAAGUGCACCAAGUGCCCGGAAGUAUUCCAGGGUGUGGAGAAGCUGGUCUUCCACAUGCGGGCGCAGCACUUCAUCUUCAUGUGCCCGCGCUGCGGCAAGCAGUUCAACCACAGCAGCAACCUCAACCGCCACAUGAACGUGCACCGCGGCGUCAAGUCGCACUCGUGUGGCAUCUGCGGCAAGUGCUUCACGCAGAAGUCCACACUGCACGACCACCUCAACCUGCACUCCGGAGCCAGGCCCUACCGCUGCUCCUACUGCGACGUGCGCUUCGCUCACAAGCCUGCCAUUAGGCGGCACCUCAAGGAGCAGCAUGGCAAGACCACCGCAGAGAACGUGCUGGAGGCCAGCGUGGCGGAGAUCAAUGUCCUCAUCCGCUAGAGCUAGCAGAGCAGGCUCCAAGGCCCAGCGGUGUGGGGUGGGGGUGGGGGGUCCCUGGGCUGAGUGUGAAGGGAGCUCCCUGGCCCAGGAGAAUAGAAUAGGGGAUGGGAGGGUUGGGAACAGGCAGGUACGCUGGGGAACCCGAGCAGACACAUCCUGAGAGAGGGGCCAAAGAUUCCUUGGACAGAAGACCCUGCCUUUUCAGAAAAAAAAAAGAAAAAGAAAAAGAAUGAGAGAGGGUUCUUUGAGAAGGCCAAGGCAAUAUGGGCUCCCAGAGAAAAAUUUUCUUCUCUUAGAGGUGCAUGGAUAUGUGGAGGGAGGGAAAGGGUCUUAUAGAAUGAGAAGGGGGAAAAAAAGAGGAAGAUGAUUUAUUCCUGGUUAAAGCUGCCCAGGGAGAGGG